AGCUUUUGCGCUUUUGGUGGUGUUGUGGCACUGUAGUCCCUGUUUAAUGACGUCGAGGCAGACGAUUAACUCUCCGUUCGCUUUUGUGUUUCGGUGCUUCUCUCCUCCCGUCGCCUAAAGGACGAUAUUGCUCGCUUGCUUGCUUGCUCGGUUUGUCUUUUUUUCCCGAUGGGGGAGAUGGACUGGAUAAGGAGUUAGGGAGCCUGCAGACUCGAGGUGGUAAAGAAAAUGAAUAAAGGGUGGUUGGAGCUCGAGAGUGACCCGGGACUCUUCACAUUAUUGGUGGAGGAUUUUGGUGUAAAAGGGGUACAAGUGGAGGAGAUCUAUGAUUUGCAGAGUAAAUGCCAGAGCCCUGUCUAUGGCUUCAUCUUCCUGUUUAAGUGGAUUGAAGAGCGUCGGUCCAGGAGAAAGGUCUCCACGUUGGUGGAUGAGACAUCGGUCAUUGAUGAUGAGAUAGUGAACGACAUGUUCUUCGCUCACCAGCUCAUUCCCAACUCCUGUGCUACACAUGCCCUGCUGAGCGUCCUCCUGAACUGCAACAACGUGGACCUGGGUUUGACCCUCAGUCGAAUGAAGGAAUUCACCAAAGGCUUCAGCCCAGAGAGUAAAGGAUAUGCAAUUGGAAAUGCACCUGAGCUCGCCAAAGCUCACAACAGCCAUGCAAGACCGGAACCUAGACACCUGCCGGAGAAGCAGAAUGGGAUCAGCGCGGUGAGGACGAUGGAGGCCUUUCACUUCGUCAGCUACGUGCCUAUCAAGGGCCGUCUCUUUGAGCUGGAUGGGCUGAAAGCCUACCCCAUCGACCAUGGGCCCUGGGGAGAGGAGGAGGAAUGGACAGACAAGGCCAGACGAGUCAUCAUGGAGAGGAUAGGGCUGGCCACAGCAGGGGAACCUUACCAUGAUAUUCGCUUCAACCUGAUGGCGGUGGUUCCCGACCGGAGGAUUAAAUACGAGUCAAAGCUUCACAUCUUGAAAAUGAACAGGCAGACUGUGCUCGAGGGCCUGCAGCAGCUGAUCCGCGUGACCCAGCUGGAUCUCGCCCAGGACCGCAAGCAGCAGGAAGCCUCCUCUCCCGACGACACUCCUCCCGCGGUGAAGAAGGAGCCGGGGGCUGACCCGGGCGCGACGCCGGUCUCCGAGGAAGCCGCCCGCGCAGAUUCCGCAGAUGGCUCGGCUGCCCCGAGCCAGAAUCCCUCCACACCCAAAGCGAAGGCUCCUGGGAAACAAGCAAGCUGCCCUUUAAAUGGACCCCCGGUCACCCCCAACCCCAUCGUCCAGCGCUUACCGGCCUUUCUGGACAACCACAACUACGCCAAAUCGCCCAUGCAGGAGGAAGAGGACCUGGCUGCUGGACGUUCCAGGGGCUCUGCUCGCCCUCACCACCCCUAUUCUGAUGAUGAGGAUGACUAUGAGGAUGAAGAGGAGGAGGAAUGCCGCAGCACGGAGGCCCCUGUGGUCCCCAGGUACAAGAGGAAGCACGGGCUGAAGCAGCCUGCGGCGGGGGGCCCUGUGGGCGGCCAGCUGUCCCUCCUGCAGCCCAGCUCGAUCACCGUGCUGGCGGAGAAGCUGAAGGAGUCGCAGAAGAAGGACCUGUCCUUCGGGGAAGACGAGGGGCUGCUGCGCCUGGACUCCCUGCGGUACAACCGGGCCGUCCGCGACCUGGGCCCGGCCGUCAGCUCCGCCCUGCUCCACCUGCAAGAGGACGGGGUGCUGAGCACUCUCGCGCACACAGGAGACUCGAACGCCGACUUCGGCAAGGGCGCGUCUGUCCGCGAGGAUGAGAGGCUGAAGGAGAGGGACAGCAGUUCCCUGGAAAGCAAGAUGGAGGAGAGCAAGGAGGGUGCGGAGCUCGGCAAAGACGGAUCCAGCACGGGAGAGAUCAGCAGCAAGCCGUCAGGAGAGAAGUACUCCCCCAAAGAGCUGCUUGCCUUGCUGAAGUGUGUGGAGGCAGACAUUGCGAACUAUGAGGUCUGUCUCAAGGAGGAGGUGGAGAAAAGAAAGAAAUACAAGAUCGAUGAUCAGAGAAGGACUCACAACUAUGAUGAAUUUAUUUGCACCUUUAUAUCUAUGCUGGCUCAGGAAGGGAUGCUGGCCAGCCUGGUGGAGCAGAACAUCUCCGUGCGGCGCCGGCAGGGGGUCAGCAUCGGCCGGCUCCACAAACAGAGGAAGCCCGACCGCAGGAAAAGAUCCCGACCCUACAAAGCCAAGCGGCAGUGAGACCGGGACGGCGCGUCACCGGUGGCCCCGUCGAGCUGGGUGGGGCUCUGCGGACCCGAAGGGAACCUGCCUGGGAUCUGGGAUCUGGGAUCUGGGAUCUGGGAUCUGGGAUCUGGGAUCUGGGAUCUGGGAUCUGGAACGUGACGCCCGUCGUCUGCAGCGAAGGGAAACUGCAGCCGGCGGAAAACCAGCACGUCGCUCGCCACACCGACUGCUGCUACGCUUGCGAAUUAAAAGCUUUUCACUUCGGGGAAACUCGGCAGUACCUCUCCACUGUACGCUGAACGCUCGGACUGAGGAAUGGCGACCGGUUUGUUUUUUUAAAUUUUGUAUCGCAAUCCAUCUUCUAGUAUUGAUCACCGACAUUGAUCCAGUUAUAUGCCCGCGGCUCACUCAGCAACUGUUUUUUUCCGAUAUUAGUAUGCAGCGCAGAGACGGACUGAAGCCUGUUGAAAGAUUUUUUUCACCUUUCCCCCCCCUUGGCAUGCUCUAGUAUGUUGACUCACGUCUUGUGCUGAAUUCGUUUUUUUUUCCCGUCGGUGCCAAUAUAUCACUAAACUGGAUAAGGAAGACAAGAAUUUUUAAAAAGUACAAUUGAUGGUGUUUUCAUUUAAAGUAGUCGUCAGGAUUCCAAGAGUCACUUUGUCAGUCAUUUCCUUUUUCCUUUCGUACAAGAUCAUGUCGUAAUUCUUUUCUGCCUUUCUGCAUCAGUGACAGUUGUAUAAGAGUGCGAUAUAAAGUAUUCAUACUGCUUAGAACAUAUCUGGUAUUUGGACAGAACAUGCCAAAAUAAUAUUAGUUGUCCAGUACUACUACAUAUAUGGACCUUAACAGUGAAUGUUAACAUUUUAAUAAAAAUAUAAAAGAAAAUA